UUGUACAUUAUUGUUGGGUUUUGGUGCAUUUGUUGUUCUGAUAAUUUCUUUUUUGCUAUAGAAAAAGUAGAAUUAUUUUAGGAGGAUGUAGAUGACCAUUAUAGGUUCCUUCCUUCCAACUGCCUGACCACUUCAGGGCUGACUAAAAGUUACCUGUUAGCUAGAGCGUUGUUCAAAGGCCUCCUAAACAAUGACAGUCUUGGGGUAUCAGCCAAUUUGACCAUGCUUUUAUCCUGUCAAGCUGUCCUCCUUGUUCCAGAGGUCUCUUGUGCCAUAAAAUUUCUGAUGUGGAAAAAUUAAAAGCUGGUUUAUUUCCAAAUUAGAAAAUUCCCAACUGAGUGCUUUGCAGUAAACUAAAGCAAGAGCUUUUGUAUUUAGUAUUACUUUUACCCUUCUUUCAUGUCCUCUCCCAUCCCUGUGACAGUUGUCACUCUCUAUGCCACCCUGGGUGAAGAGGCAGUGACCUAUGGUCUCAACGAGUGUGGAGCAUCAUAUCUGGUCACAAGUGUGGAACUCCUUGAGAGCAAACUUAAGACUGCGCUGCCACAAGUCUCCUGUCUGAAACAUGUAAUUUAUGUGGACACAAAGAUGAUAAAUAAAUCAGAAUACCCUGAAAACGUGGAGAUUCAUAGUAUGCAGGCAGUAAAAGAGCUGGGAGCCAAACCAGAAAACUCAAGCAUUCUGCCAAGCAGACCUGUUCCUACAGACUUGGCUUUAGUAAUGUACACCAGUGGCUCUACUGGGAGACCCAAAGGAGUGAUGAUGAUGCAUAAAAACUUAAUAGCUGGAAUGACAGGACAGUGUGAGAGAAUACCUGGACUGGGACCCAAGGACACUUAUAUUGGUUAUUUGCCUCUGGCCCAUGUGUUAGAACUGACAGCAGAAGUUUCUUGCAUCACUUACGGCUGCAGGAUUGGUUACUCCUCUCCUCUCACUCUGUCAGAUCAGUCAAGUAAAAUAAAGAAGGGAAGCAAAGGAGACUGUACUGUACUUAAGCCUACACUGAUGGCAGCUGUGCCUGAAAUAAUGGACAGAAUUUAUAAAAAUGUCAUGAGUAAAGUUCAAGAGAUGAACUAUAUUCAGAGAACACUGUUCAAGAUAGGCUAUGACUACAAAUUGGAACAGAUCAAGAGGGGAUAUGAUGCACCUCUGUGUAAUAUACUACUGUUUAAAAAAGUAAAGGCCCUGCUGGGAGGGAAUGUCCGUAUGAUGCUUUCUGGAGGAGCACCGCUCUCACCUCAAACACAAAGAUUCAUGAACAUCUGUUUUUGCUGUCCUGUUGGUCAAGGCUAUGGACUGACAGAAACGUGUGGAGCCGGAACCAUUACAGAAGUUGCUGAUUACAGCACUGGCAGAGUUGGAGCUCCUCUUAUUUGUUGUGAAAUAAAACUGAGAGACUGGCAAGAAGGGGGCUAUACUAAUAAAGACAAGCCUAAUCCUAGAGGAGAAAUUAUAAUUGGUGGACCAAAUGUCUCCAUGGGAUAUUUUAAAAAUGAAGAGAAGACAACAGAAGAGUUUUAUGUUGAUGAGAAUGGCCAGAGAUGGUUCUGUACAGGAGAUAUUGGGGAAUUUCAUCCAGAUGGGUGUCUGCAGAUCAUAGAUCGUAAGAAGGACUUGGUAAAGCUCCAAGCAGGAGAAUAUGUAUCUCUGGGCAAAGUAGAGGCAGCACUGAAGAACUGCCCAUUGAUUGACAAUAUCUGUGCUUAUGCCAAAAGUGAUCAGUCCUAUGUGAUCAGUUUUGUGGUCCCUAACCAGAAGAAGCUGACAGCAUUGGCUGAGCAGAAAGGCAUCAGUGGAACCUGGGUGGACAUUUGUAACCAUCCUACAAUGGAAGCAGAAAUACUGCAAGAGAUUAAAGAAGUGGCAAACAAGAUGAAAUUAGAAAGAUUUGAAAUACCCAUCAAGGUCCGGUUAAGCCCUGAACCGUGGACCCCCGAGACUGGGUUAGUAACAGAUGCUUUCAAGCUGAAAAGGAAAGAACUGAAAAAUCAUUACCUCAACGACAUUGAAAGAAUGUAUGGAGGCAAAUAAACAGCUCUGCUGAUCUGGCACUUGUGCAGCUGGUUCCUUCUCAUGCCUCAGUUUUGGAUGUCUGUGUAUACUGUAGAUAUCACACAUUUCAAAAAAAUACACCAAAUGGAUGACUGUUUCUAUAAUUGCUAUAAAGCAAAAAAGAUAAUAUCUUAGACUCCAAAUUCUUAAUUAUUAGCAGAUUAGACAUUAGUCUUCACAGAGUUUUGUGUGAUCAUCUCCAGUUUUGAGACAGACAUCAUGAUGUGAAGCAGUGUGACCAGGUGUUUUUAUUGUUUCUCUAGCAUAUUCAGACUGCUUAUAACUUCUCUUUAACUCAUGCUGAAGUCUGGCCUAUAUUUCAAAGAAGAAAAAAUAAUGUAAUUGUGAUGAUUCUUCUGUCAUAAUAGGACACUUGUAAUAGGAUACUUCCUUCUAGCAAGGAGGGAAAAGGAGUAUCUAAUGUCUACCCUUCUCCAUUUAAAAACAAAACCAAGACAACAGCAGUAGUCAAGAACUUGCUAGAGAUCACUA